GCGGGCGCGCGGCCGGAUUUGAAUCGCCCAGCGCCGCGCGGCUGUUCCGGUACCGGCCCCGCGUCCGGCCCCGGCGCCGGCCGAGGCCCCGCCAUGCCCAUCCGGGCCCACUGCACCAUCUGCUCCGACUUCUUCGACAACGAGCGGGACGUGGCGGCCGUGCCCUGCGGGCACACCUUCCACCGCGCCUGUCUCAUCCAGUGGUUUGACACAGCACCAAGCCGGACUUGCCCGCAGUGCAGAAUCCAGGUCAGCAAAAGACACAUCAUCAGUAAGCUGUUUUUUGAUGUUGCCCUGGAGGAGCAGGCAGCACCGGAUGCAGAGACCUUGCAGAAUGAACUGGACAAGGUGAAGGCUCAGCUCUCCGUGAAAGAGAAAGAAAAGCGGGAAUGCCAGGCUGUUGUGGAUGGGCUGAGGGACACUCUGGAUGUGCGCAAUGCCACAAUAGAGUCGCUCCAGAAGGUGCUGGGAGAGACAGAGAUGCUGUGCUCCUCUCUCAAGAAGCAGAUGAAAUUCCUGGAGCAGCAGCAGGAGGAUAACAGAAGUUCAAAGGAGGAGGCCCGCCGUCUGCGAAACAAGCUGAGAACCAUGGAGCGGAUUGAGCUAUUGCUUCAGAGCCAGCGCCCCGAAGUGGAGGAGAUGAUCAGAGAGACGGGAGUUGGGCAGGCAGCGGUGGAACAGCUUGCUAUCUACUGUGUCUCGCUGAAAAAGGAAUAUGAAAACUUGAAGGAGGCUCGGAAGAUCUCUAGUGAGAUGACAGAGAAGCUGAAGAAGGAGCUGUUUUCUGUCAAUAGCAAGCUGCAUAAAACUGUUUCAGAGUUGGAGAAGACAAAGGAGGAGUUAAAAAGUACCCAGAAGGAUCUGAAGAAUGCAGACAAGGAGAUCUUGAGUUUGAAGAAAAAGAUAGACAUCCUGCAGGAUACUCUGAAGGUCCCAUCUGUAACCAGAGAGACACUCAGUCGACUAGUCUUUGAAAGCCCUGCUCCCGUAGAACUGCGGCAUCCGAAGCUCCACCGUCCGGCCCACAGUGAUGAGAUCAAUCUGGAUGCUACUUUUGAUGUGGACACCCCUGAACACGAGCCCUGCAGAUCUCUCUUCAACCCUGCAAAAAGGCAGAAGCUGGAUAAAAAGCCACUUCCCGUGGUAAAUCUGGCAAAGAAAGUUCUGAAGGAAACAGUGGAGAACUGGGCAGAUGAUCUGGAGGAUGAUGCUCUUAAAGGACUCUUGCCAGCAUUCAUCAGGAACUCUGUUCUCUCCAAGAAGCCAGCUUCGGGUAGCUUGCUGGGUCCCCACAAGAACAUGGGCACUGUGAGAAUGGGAUACGAUGGCUUGGGAGGCAGAACAAAGUUCAUACAGCCUACAAACCUGGCAGAAAUCCGCCCAUUAGCAGUGAGGAGCAAGAAGAAGAAUGUCUCCAGGCCGGCGUCUGCAGCAUCCUUGGCAUCUUCCUCCAGCAGCAGCCAAGCCAGACUGGACAGUUUCCUGCAGUGAGAGCCCCUGCCUUCCCGGGGAGCAGCUGGGCAGGGCGGCUGCAGGGCAGAGCACCCUCGCCUAGAGCCUGGCACGAAGCAAUGCGCAACCACUGCUGUGCGGAGGGCUGUUUGCAAAGCACCGGCACUGUGUUGUGGGUGAGAUGAGCUGCCCUGGGGAGAAUGCCAGCCUUGCAGCAAGCCGACAGGAGACCAAGCCUCUGGCUAAUGCUUGGACUGAUUUUACCCCCCCCCCCCCGCCCCGUCGUUUUACCCCUCCUUCCUCCUGUUUUCAUGAAGAAUAAACAAGGUUUUCUCAUCUUCUGGCCCGCUCAGCGCUCUACACUUGCUGCUGCUGUCGAGUGCUCUGACGUCGGGUGGAACUGCACUUCGUGGAUGCAGCUGCAAGCUAGGGCUUCAGGAAGGAUAUCUGGGAUGUAAGUCUGGAGCAAGAACAGGGAGAAGGGACCUGGAGCAGCUCUGUGCCUGGUGUAAAUAGUUCCAAGAAGGUUUCCUGGAGGAAGAAGCGUGCACAGGGCAGGGCAGCCCUGGCCUGUGUUGCUGUAGGGUGGCUGUAUGUUCAUCAAAUUAAAUACCUUCUCUCUGCUGCAGGUCUGUGUGGGUUGGGGAGACCCACAGACAAGCCUGGGGGAUGUUCUGCCUUGCCCUGGCUUGGGCCAUGAAGUCCACUGCAUUUUUGCAGACUUGGCACUGAAAUUGCUGACCUGGGGAGGAGGGUGUUGGGGCUGACCCCCUGCCCUGCUUGCAAACGGGGAGAUUGGUGUGCUGAUGUGAACUCUCUUCUUGGCAUGUGUUGGUGUGAAACUCGUUUAUGAAUUUCUAUUUUUUUUAAUGAGCUUGUAGGGGUUUUUGUUCUCUUGUAACUGGUUUGCCUAGUGAUUUGAGGGUUUGGAAUGGCCUGAAGAAGUGCUGGAGAACUGCUCCCCUUCAAGAGAGGGGGCGACUGAUGGGGCAGAACCUGUCUGGGGUUCUUCAGCUUGGAGACACGGGACAGGAGAUCCCCCCUUGCCCCACGGCUGUAGCAGGGCUGUUCAAGCGGCUGGGAAUAGACUUGGUGAGGUACCUCGCUACAGCACUCUGUGCUGUACAAAUCUGUGGUGUUUCCAACUUCCAGUUGCUUCAGGCUGAGAAGCCUCAGUACCUGGCCUGGCCAAAAACAUGUUUUUAGGGAAUAAAGUAUACUGCUGUGCACACUUGUUAACACAA